AUGUCCGACGAAGCAACUAUUGAAGAGGAAUCUGAAGAUGAACAACAAUUACCUUCAUCUAGACCACAAACAAAAGAAGGUCUUCUACCAUGGUCAUUCAUUUUUCAAUUUUUGAUGAAACAAUGGGCAGUUUUUUUAUUCUUAUCAAUAGCAAUAGCUGUUUUUCUUUAUAUAAGUGCACGAAAACGACGCAAUAAAAAACAAACUAGUUCAGCAAUUCGUCGUGAUCAUAUUCAAGGUGGAAACAAACGUGGCUCAAGAAAGUCACCAAAUAAACGAGAAUAA